AUGGUCACAAUUUUGUAUCCUUUGCAUUUAUCUGUGUUAAUUUUCCGCAAUGAUAAAGUAGCAGAUGACAUAAAGAAUUUGGCAAUUUCCGUAACUACUAUUGCUUGCAGUAUUAAAUUCAUGAGCUUUGCCGUCAAUUUGAAGAAAAUGCUAGAAAUUGAAAAAAUAUUGGAUAAAUUGGAUGCACGUAUCACGAGUACAGAGGAACAUUAUUUUUACCAUAACAAAUUGAACAAAAAAUUAAAAAUAAUAAUAAAAACAUUCGCACUCGUUUACGCAGCUGUAGCUCUUACUGCUGAAAUGACCGCAGUUAUUGGUCAAGAAAGGAUACUGCUCUACCCGGGUUGGUUUCCAUUUGAUUGGAAAACCUCUAAUGUGAAGUAUUUACUUGCACACUCAUAUCAGUUUGUGGGUAUAUGUAUCGCGAUAGCUCAGAAUUAUGCCAAUGAAACCAUACCUGUAAUAUUACUCUGCUUACUAACUGUCCAUAUCAAGCUACUCGCAAUACGUAUCUCAAAGUGCUGCGAUUCUAGUGAUAAUCUGCGAGAAAAUGAACGCGAAUUUCUAUGUUGCAUUCAAGAUCAAAUAAAUCUUUAUAAACUUUGCGAUUUACUUGAGGAACUCAUCGCUUUUCCAAUGUUUGUGCAAAUCACGGUAUCUGCAGUCAACAUUUGUGUAGCUAUGGCCGCUUUGCUAUUUUAUCUUAACGACUAUUUUAACAGAGUCUACUACUUUGUCUAUAUCUGUGCGAUGAUUUUACAAAUCUUUCCGACUUGUUAUUUCAGCACUGAUUUUCAACUGAUGUUCGAUAAGCUGCCGUAUGCUGCUUUCUCAAGCAAAUGGUUUGACCAAACUGAAAAGUAUAAAAAGCACAUGAUUUUGUUUACGGAACGAGCUCUAAUGAAAAGGCCUAUCCUAGCUGGUAGAAUACUGCAACUAGAUUUAAAUACUUACAUCGCGGCUUGUAAAGCUACUUAUUCCUUGUUUGCAGUUUUCUUAAAGUUAAAAGGUUAG